AUGGAGAUAGCGCAGCCCAGAGACCUGGAGCGGUACUUAAGCCUGGCCAAGAGGAGGCACGGGGAGCUGUGCCGGCAGAAACGGAUCUUCAACGCCAGGAACAGGAUCAUCGGGGGAGACACAGACGCCUGGGAUGCUCAGGUUCAUGACCAGAAGAUAAAAGAAGCAACCGAAAAAGCUAGACAUGAAACUUUUGCUGCUGAAAUGAGGCAAAAUGACAAAAUCACAUGCAUAUUAGAAGGCCGAGAAAGGAGAGAUAGGAAAAGCCUCUGUAAAGCCAUCAAUGACUUCCAGCAGACCUUCCAGAAGCCAGAAACUCGCCGUGAAUUUGACCUAUCUGACCCCCUAGCCCUUAGGAAAGAUCUCCCAGCCAGGCAGUCGGAUAACGACAUUCGGAAUACAGUAUCGGGAAUGCAGAAAUUCAUGGGAGAGGAUUUAAACUUCCACGAGAGGAAGAAAUUCCAGGAGGAACAAAACCGAGAAUGGUCCUUACAACAGCAGCGGGAACGGGAGAGUGCCCGUGCCCACCAAAGAUGUGCAGAGGACCUCUACUUCAAGACAAGGCUGCAGUUUGAUGAAACGGCCAAGCAUUUACAGAAUCUGGAAAGUGCCACCAGAAAGGCGGUUUGUGCAGCUGUGAAAGAAUUCAACAGGAACCAGGCCACCGAGUCAGUGGAAAGGAAGACUCGGGAGAAAAAACAAGAACAAGAAGACGACUUGGCCGAGAUCUCCAACCUGCUGCGUGGGGACCUGCUCUCCGAGAACCCGCAGCAGGCAGCCAGCUCCUUCGGGCCCCACCGCGUGGUCCCCGACCGCUGGAAGGGCAUGACCCGGGAGCAGCUGGAGCAGAUCCGUCUGGUUCAGAAGCAGCAAAUCCAGGAGAAGCUGAAGCAGCUCUCAAGGGGUUUACGUUUGGGGAGGAAAAAAUAUAUGGAAGAAGUCUGUACAAAUCAACCCACUGAAGGUUAUUUCACGCAAUUUAAUACAGGAAGUCGAUAG